AUGGCUUAUGGGUUUGAGCCAGUCUAUGAGCAUUUCAGAAAGCAUACCCCACCUAGUUUUGAAGGGAAAGCUGACCCUAUGGUGGCAGAAGAUUGGUUGAAGUCAUUAGAAGCCAUCUUUGAUCACAUGGAGUUGAACGAUCAUCAGAGGGUUUCAUGUGCAGCUCACCUACUCAAGUUAGACGCAAGAGUAUGGUGGGAUGUGGUAAAGCAGACUCGUGACUUGAACACUAUGACCUGGAUAGACUUUGUUCAUGCAUUUGGCAGGAAGUACUACAGUGCAUCUGUAUUGGCAACCAAGGUGGAUGACUUCGUGACUUUGGUUCAAGGGAACCAAUCUAUUGCCGACUACGCUAAGAAAUUUGACAGGCUAGACAGGUUUGCACCUAAAAUAGUACCAACCGAGGCUAUGUGGGUCCAAAGAUUUAUGAGGGGAAUUGAGCCAAUGAUUUCUAGAGAUGUCAAGAUGACCAGUGCUUAG